ACUGUUUGAGACAAGCAGACAAAUUAUCCCCGUACUUGUUCCCAUACUCUUGCCUCACAGCUUCAUUUUUCACAGAUACAGAUUCACUCUUUACGCUGCAUAAAUGCAAAUCACAGAAGCCUAAGUCCCUUCGUGUUAAACACCUUUUGACUCUCUCUGCGGCUUGUGCAGGCAAAUUUACAAUGAAGUUGUUUCUCUUAAUUGCUCUUUGCUCUGUCUGUACAGUCUCUGCCCUUGCAUCUGCUCCUCUGGAAGGACUCCUCGCAAAUGGCAACUUUGAAGAGGAACCAAAGCCCACUGGCAUCAAGAAAACAGUGCUCCAAGGCAAAAAUGCACUGCCCAAAUGGGAAAUCCAUGGCUUAGUUGAGUACAUUUCCGGCGGGCCACAACCCGGCGGAAUGUACUUCGCCGUCCCUCACGGUGUCCACGCCGUGAGGCUCGGGAACGAGGCCUCAAUUUCCCAAAUAAUCCCAGUCAAGAAUGGGACAUUAUAUGCACUCACAUUCAGUGCAUCAAGAACUUGUGCGCAAGAUGAGGUGUUGAGGGUUUCUGUUCCUCCUCAAUCAGGAGACCUCCCUCUACAGACUCUGUACAGCAGCAAUGGUGGAGAUACUUAUGCCUGGGGAUUCAUAGCCCAUUCUGUUUCUGUGAAGGUUAUUUUUCACAAUCCUGGAAAGCAAGAAGAUCCUGCUUGUGGGCCUCUUUUGGAUGCUGUUGCUAUCAAAGAACUUUUCCCUCCAAAGCCCACUAAAGCAAACUUGGUCAAGAAUAAUGGUUUUGAGGAGGGUCCUCAUCGCUUGUUCAACUCUUCCCAUGGUGUCCUUCUGCCUCCCAAACAGGAAGAUCUCACAUCCCCACUUCCUGGCUGGAUUAUCGAAUCACUCAAGGCUGUAAAAUUCAUUGACUCGAAGCAUUUUAACGUCCCCUUUGGACAUGCAGCAGUAGAACUUGUCGCAGGCAGAGAGAGCGCCAUCGCCCAAAUCAUCAGGACAGUCCCCAACAAGGUCUAUAAUCUUUCGUUCACUGUAGGAGAUGCAAAGAAUGGUUGCCAUGGAUCAAUGAUGAUUGAAGCAUUUGCGGCUAAAGUUACCAUGAAAGCACCCUUCAAGUCGGAAGGAAAGGGGAAGUUUGUGACAUUCAGUUUCCAGUUCAAAGCAGAAUCAUCCAGGACCAGAUUAACUUUCUUCAGCUCUUUUUAUCACACCAGGAUCAAUGACUAUGGAACUCUCUGUGGCCCUGUUCUUGAUGAAGUUGUUGUAUCUGCAGCUGCUAAGAGUUAAUUUACACGCAUCAAGGCAUGAGGUGCUUGUGUUACUUGUAAUUCUUGAAGUGAACGUUCAUCAUCUUCAUUUGUAGUUUAGCCAUUGAUAAAGCACAAGCUGCAGCUCUGUAAUCGCAUAAAACUAUGAAGUGUUGAAUGAUUUGGUACUUGUUUAUGAUCAUGUCGAUUAUUAUUUUCGCUCUAAA